AUGUCUCGGGUCUACCGACGCUACAAACAGGACACCAGCAGGGUUUUCACAGACUCCGGAACUCUCAGAAAGAUGUGUGGGGGUGCUGAUGAACAGCUCCCGGCUCCGGCUGCAGGAUGCAGGAGGAUGCAGGAGGCUACAGGCUGCAGGAGGCUGCAGGAGGCUACAGGCUGCAGGAGGCUGCAGGCUGAAGGUGGCUGCAGGAGGCUACAGGCUGCAGGCUGUAGGAGGCUGCAGGAGGCUGCAGGCUGCAGGAGGCUGCAGGCGGCUGCAGGCUGCAGGCGGCUGCAGGAGGCGGGCCUGUUGCUGAUGAGUGAGUGGCAGAAACUAGAAACGAUUCUUUCGUUCCGUCCUCCCCACGGGAGACAGACCUUCAGUCAGCAGCUCGAAUUCGGCCAGCAGUGGAAGCUCCAGGAGGAGCUCCAGGAAGGCAACAAGAAGAACUGUCCCGUCCUUCACAGGGCCACAGUGCCCAAAGCAAACACAGAGGUGUCUGAGACUGAGGGAGGUCACCAUGGAUAUGUGAUGACAGCUCAAGCCAGAGGCCUGACUCCUGAGGGGUCACCCAGUCUGUCAUCCAGGGGCCUGAGGCACAUUAGGAAGUAUGGAAGGCUGCCUGCAUGUCUCCGCCGGGCCGUGCAGAGGGAGCAUCAGAGUAGUCCGGUGAGCGAGAGGACUCCGCGGGGACAGAGCCAGAGAGCCAUGGGGGGCCAGAUCACCAGGAAUGCCUUCUACGACUCCCUGGGGGGCCCGUUCCCGUCCACGUCACACCGAUGCCACCACAAACCCAAGAGGUGCCUGCCUAUCCAGUGCGGCAGCGUUGGCGGGCCCCUUCCCAUCAGCCCACUGCUCUUUCAUCCGAACGCAAAGGGAUCUCAAAUCAUCAUGGACCUUACCCAGAAGACAGUCAAGAGGCAGGCCAGUUUCUGCAAUGCCAUCACUUUCAGCAACAGGCCCAUGGCGCUGUAUGAGCAAGUCCGCCUCAAGAUUACUAAAAAGCAGUGUUGCUGGAGCGGGGCUCUACGUCUGGGCUUCACCGCCAAAGACCCCUCCAGGAUAAACCCAGACAACCUGCCCAAGUACGCCUGCCCCGACCUGGUGUCCCAGAGCGGCUUCUGGGCCAAGGCCCUGCCUGAGGAGUUUGCCAACGAGGGCAACAUCAUUUCCUUUUGGGUUGACAAGAAGGGCAGAGUCUUCUACCGCAUCAACGAGUCCAGUCCCAUGCUGUUCUUCAGUGGAGUCCGCACCGCCGAGCCCCUCUGGGCCCUCAUCGAUGUUUACGGUCUGACCCGUGGAGUGCAGCUGCUAGACAGUGAGAUUGUUCCUCCUGACUGCCUACGCCCACGCUCCUUCACCACAGUGCGCUCCUCCUCUCUCCGCCGUGAAGCUGACGACUCCCGUCUGUCGGUCAGCCUGUGCGACCUCAACCUGCAGCAGGAGGACGGAAGCAACGGCCACAAUCACUCCCACGGCCACACCCUCCACCUGGCCUCUGCCUCCUCUUCCUCCGCCUGCCCCAUACCCCAGAACUCCCUCAACUCCCAGCAGUCCUCUCUGCUGCCAGCCGCCCUGGAGAGCGACCUCCACUUCCACCAGCUGCGAGGCGCUCACAUUAAGACGCUGGACGAGCAGACGGUGGCGCGAUCCGAGCACGCACGAGAGGAACGCACUCUGGUCUUCACCAACCGGCCGCUGCGCACUGGAGAGACUGUCUUCAUCAAAGUCACCAAGUCCAGCCCGUCACGCUCUGGCUCUUUGUCCUACGGCGUGACGUCCUGCGACCCAGCGGUGCUGCGCCCCAGCGACUUGCCCUACAAUCCAGAGGCUCUGGUGGACAGGAAGGAGUUUUGGGCGGUGUGUCGGGUGCCGACGCCUCUCCAGAGCAGUGACAUUCUGGGGUUCUUGGUCAACCAGGAGGGGGAGGUCAUCCUCAGCCACAACGGGACCAAUGUGGGCAUGCAGGUGUGUGUGGACAACUCCCGCCCACUCUGGAUGUUCUUUGGUCUCCAUGGGGCUGUGACUCAGCUGAGGAUUCUGGGUUCCACUCACCUCGGGGAUCCGCGGGCCUCGUCCAACCCCAGCUCGCCCUCCUCCUCUCCACACACUCCCAGCGCUCUGGGCAGUGGCAGCUCUGAUCCGGUGCUGAACGGAGGCCUGUGCUCUGCCGCGUACUGCAGCUCAGCAGGGGGAACAACUCCAAAUUCACCAGUCAGCCUCCCCAAGUCACCGACGUUCCCAUCAGGCCGCGGGCCGUGGUCCGACGAGUGCUCCAUCUGUUACGAGAACGCCGUGGACACGGUCAUCUACGCCUGUGGACACAUGUGUCUGUGCUACACCUGUGGCCUCAAACUCAAGAAGAUGUCCAACGCCUGCUGUCCCAUCUGCAGACGGCAGAUCAAAGAUAUCAUCAAGACCUACCGCAGCACGUAG